ACAUGGCCGAAAAUUCAAAAUUUUAGAAUUUGUAAACAAAGAAAAUAUUUGCGUUAAACAGCCUAACAAACGACUGCAAAUCAUGGAAAAAGAAUCAACCCAAGACCACUCGCAUCCUGGCCAUACUUCCCUUGAAUACAAGCCCAAACCGAUUGAUUCUGAUGAAAGCUUUGAUGAAGAAUCUGGUGUUGGAGGCUCUGGAUCAACAUGCAGUCUUGGUUUAAUGAAAGAUGAAAAGACACAGAAAGUGAAAGAGGUUGGCAGUGCUGAUGUUAUCUCGCAGUAUGAAAUAGAGUCAACAAAUCCAUACCAAUACCCUUUUGGUGUACCCAGUGAACUUCAUGGAAACGUUGGAGAUAAAAACCAUCUUUCACAACACACACUAGACAGUGAAAGCCUCAAUCAGUACCCUAUAAGUGAUGCGAGCAAUGGUACGCCAAAACGCUCAAAAAUUCCAGUCAAGCUUGGUUCUACUGUCAAACCACGCUCUGGAUCAGGAGAGUUUCAGGAAGGCAGACCUGAGCCUUCUGAAGCAUCAGCAUCAGACAUCCUUGACAGAAUGGCAUCAGAUAUUUCAAGUCAAGUUUUAGCUGAUGCUGUCUCCGAAGUUGAAAAUGAGGAGGCACUGCAGACAGCUAUUGGGCAGAUUUCCUCCGAUUUUGUCACUGGUCAGUUGUCGAUUUCUCAGUGUCAGAAAUCAGAUGACGAUGUGUCACCACGAUCAGAAAUUAGUGAGCCGACAACUACGAGCGGUAUCAGCGGUGAUAAAAAUAACAUGUACCAUAUUUGUGAGCCUUGGUCCGAUCAGGAUGGAGCCGGGACAUGGUCAACUGGGAGCUCUGCUGUGCAGACGCCACGAGAUGCAUUGAAAGAGAACGAAAAAGACCCUGUUUGUGCUGCAGCUGUAAUUCGCACUGUUAGUGCAACUCCUAAAGUUCUACCAAAGAAAUACUUUGCUCCCUCAGAAUCGCGCCAAGUUUUAGAAACUCCGCAAUCAAUGUAUCCAGAUUCGAUCUGCUUUACUGCCAAUCAGAGUAGAAUAGAAGCGACACCGGGGCAGCAUGUUCCCGUUGUCACCUCUACACCUUUUGUUGCAGCAGGCAUGCAGCUAGAUCUGCGCGACUUGAGGAGGAAGCUUGAAGGUCUUGACGAUUCAAUCCAAGCUGACGAUAUGAGCACGUUCACUGGGGCCCAGGUUGUACCUGAUUGCAAUGACGGAGAUGGGCGCGAGGUUGAGACAGAUGAAGAAACAAUUAAGGAUGAGGAGGAGGUUGAAGCUGUGAUCACAAAGGCUGGUGUUCAAGAUUAUAUGCCGGCAGAUGAGAGAGAGAAACUGAUGACACAGUUGGGUGUCCAACCCCGAGAACCUGAUCAAGAUGAACUGGAGCCAAGUGCGGCUUACAGCAUGUAUAGAAAUGAAUUAGAACGCGACUUGGAAGAGAUCCGACAUGGGCCUAGACCGCAGCCAGUAGGAACUGAUGCCGAUUCAGAUUCAACCAGUUAUAGAGCUCCUCCUCUGGCUUCAAAGUUGAUCUCUGAUGAUCCUCUUCGCAGAACGGCGAUGUCAAUAGAGCAACCCACUGGGAGAAUCGUCCAUACUGAAGCGCCGAGGGUGCGGAUUUUGAAUGAUCCUGAUACGAUCCCACAGCGAGAGUCAGAUGUGAGUGAGGCAGAGCUGAGAAGGACACCAACUGUCACUGAUGAUACUGGGAUAUCUGUGGAUGGUGACAUCAGAAGAGGCGAAUGUAGCGACACCAGUUAUCAUGAUCUUCCAGAGAGUCUGUUUAAUACCGUAACCCCUAUACCUGAUGAGUCGGCACGGUCUGUUAUCAACACAAGUCUUGGAGAUACUAUUAUCACAGAGAUAGAAGACUUUCUCGCCAGGCAAUCCAAAACAAAAGAGCAGCACUAUAGCGACAACUCUGAUGAGAAUGCCGAUGAUAUUCAUGAUGACUCCAUAGCUGCACGUGUCCGGGAACUUCUACAGAAGUGCGAGAGAGAGCGCAGCUUUACUGAUGAAAGUAAUUCUACUGUUGUUCCCAGCAUGGUCUCUGAUGUGUCAGUGUCACCAAGCCCUAAAAGAGAUGGUCCACGAGGUGAUGCGUUUGAUACUGAAGUAACGCCCGAUAUCACUUCCUCUGGUGUCACUUCUGAUGAUGUGGAUCGCUAUGGUCAAAGUCUUGGUUUGAAUCUGCAUCUGGAUGACCGGCCAUUGACGAACAGGAGCGAAGAUUCCCUGUCGGAGAAAGUCCAUCGCUUGUUACAGAAUACUGCUUACCUUGGUGAUGAUAUGAGUCCGAGGGCCAGUCCAAGGUCUAUCCAUGAGUUGAUACAUUCCAUCCAUGUCCAUGAUGAGUCGCUAGAUUAUGAGCAGUUGCAGCGAGAACUAGACUACAUUGAGCGAAGUCUGGAUGAAAAGGAGAUUUCGCCGCAAUCAAGGAUGUCGCAGGCAAGCUCCUGCAGGAGUACCGGUACGUCUGCUAGCGACGAGGGAGACCGGAGCAAACGACUCGCAUGGGACUACGGGGCAGAUAUCGGUGAGGGCAAUCUUCCCCAGUUUGUUGCCUCGGUGAAGAAUCCAAAGGAUGACUUGAUCCAGGCCAUAAAUAACUUGACUGCCAUAGAAGAGGAGAGGCAGCAUCGCAGAGCUCGUAGCGUCAGUCCAAAUCCGGAAGAGCGACAGUAUACGCCCAACCUGAGCCAGUUGCGGGGACGAGCACGCACCGAAUCUGAUCUUGCCAUGGAGCAACGGGCACCAAGUUUGACUGGCUUGUUGACUGAUCGCUAUAGCUUGGCUCAUAAAGUUUGGCAGCUUCUUGAGAAGGAAUCGCCCCAGGAACAGGCAUAUGAAUAUCUGAGAGAAGCCGAGGAGACUGAAUAUAUGAUACAUCUACGUGCGAUGCAGGCUGCCAGAUUGGACGAGGAUGAUGUCAGACGAUAUGAUGACAGACAUGAACCAAUGCGCGAAAGUUACGAGUCGUAUCGCUCUCUACCAGGCUCCAGGUCUGCUUCGUCCUCACGUCUUCAUCAGCAUCAAGAUUUAUACAGACCACAUUCAGUAGCAUCAAUAGCACGAUCUGAUUCUCGUCUGUCAGCUGACCAGUAUCAUCGGGAAAUACGAGAGCGCUACUCCGACCAGAGGAGAGACCUUUCACCAGAGAGGCGUUCUGAUUCUAGGGGAAGAACACCUUCAGAUCUUCAUCGCCCUCACUCCAGUACAUCUCUACAUCAUCCAAACUCAAGUGCUGAUGAACGUCUUUCCCCCACACUGAGCAGGCAUGCGUCAACCCCUUCACUCACUCUCACCUCACCAGCCAGACGUGACGCCAGAUCAGAUUAUGAGUCCUCAAUGUCCCCCAUGGCCAAGAAACCAUUCCACGCCUUCAGUCACGCAACAGACUUCCUUUCUAUUCAACUUGACAAGAUGCAGCACCAGAGGUUUGAUGUGUCUCCAAAGUGGCGCUCCAGAGAGUCAGUGCAGGGUGCACCCUACUCGCCAACAACCUCACCGAAGAAAUCUCCCACCAGACAACCAAAAAUGGGCAUGGCAGUCAACAGAAGCUAUUUGAGGCGAGAUCAGUCUGGCAACGACACCCAUGAUGCAUCUCGUGAAGUCGCCCAGUUCACAGCUGAGGUUCGCCAGCGAGACAUCAGACGUCGACUGACACCAAAGGAUGGCAGAUAUCUAAUGUACGGCGCCACAUCAGAUGAUUCGAAGCCCCCAAGGUUCUCCAGUUCUGAGGACCAAGCUGAUGAGAUGAGGGAACUAGCCCGAGGCCGCAUGUUCUCCACCACUGAAGAAGUUGAAUCCUCCGAUCUGGACAGCACUCCUCGUGAUCUGUCAUCAGCUGCACGCCGGCGAGAAGAAGGGCAAGGUCGGCCGAGACUGAGUGCACGUGAUGGAGACGGCCAUCAUGAGGAUGCAGGAACCCUCUCAAUGGGUGAGACGACCAUGGAGAGCACGCAUACUGGAUCUGACGAUGCUGAAGGCCCUUACAUUCCUCGUCACCUCCUGGGCUCGAGACCGGAUUUCCCAGUACGAAAUGCUGGAAUCUAUGCCAAUCCAAAUCGGGCCAAGUCUUUGGAGAAGGUGGAUGAGGCUUCCAAGGGUAGCCUCAUUGAAAUCCGCGCACCAAGUGAGUACUCGGAGGAGAAUCCUCAGUACCGCCGGCCCGCUUGGCAGGAGGAAGAGAAGAAAGAAGACACAGCUGAGCAGACGCGUCCAGUGGUGGAGAAAACUGAAGUUACACAUGUGACUGAUCCUAGGGAUGAAAUGGUAGAUCUUCGUGUUUCAAAAAGCCGAAGCUCUGAACCAACGUACGAUAGACGUGAACCACUCUCAAAUGAGGAAAGAGCGAGGCCAUCGUAUGGCGGCCUGGACCGUGUUUCCACUUAUGAGGGUGAUCAAGGUGCUGCGUCAAAUACCGACAGAAGGCUUGUGGAGGAUGAUAUCACUCUGGAGGAUUUGUCAGGACCAACGGUCGGCAAUGAAUUCGAACCACUGGAACCAACGGUGAGUGCCACCAGUUCCGACAGAGAGGAGCCACCCCUGAGAACAGCUGGACUCAAACCAAGACCAGCGUUGAAAAUCCUGCAGGAUAUCUUAGAAGGGGAGAGUGAUGGAAGCGAUUCACUCCCACCGAAUCUCAAUGACAUCUGGGAGCGUUAUCGUCAUGCUAAACGAGAUGAGAAGGCUGCACAAAAGACAAGAAAGACUCGGGAGAGACUGGGUCUUCUUGCUGACUUGUUGCGUAAUCCGACACACCACUUAGUCCGCCGCAUGGAGGAGGACAACGACCUCUGUCAGUACGAGCAGAAACUAAAGGAAAAGUUUGGUGAUGAUUAUGAGAGGAUUUUAAGUGAGAGACGUCAGGCUUGGCAGCAGAAAGAGGGCAGGAGGAGCAGGGAUGGUGGGUCCGCUGAUGGCAAGAGGAUGGCGUCACCUGGAGCAAGGAGUUUGUCUUCAGGAACUGGUCUGGCCAAGUCGAAGCAGCCACAAGAUUGUAGGGAAAGUAAGGAUUUCGAUAGCCCACGGUCCGAAGAGACUACUUCUGAUCAGGCUCGAUCUGAAUUGGAAGCUGACCUGAGUAGGACAUUGAGGAGAAGCAGGGAUGGCCCCAUUGAUGACAGCACACCGCGAUCAUCCAGUACUGACACCGAGAUGAGAGCAAAGAUGGCGACCAUCUUGGAUCAGACAGAUUCGCUUUCUUCCAUUCCCGAGGGAGAUAUUUUCCGCCACCCUUCUACCGAUGCUACAACAAGUUUCGAGAUUGACAAGAUCCCGUUGGCAAAGUUGGAUCCAAAAUAUGUCAAACUCCAGCAGAAGAUACGCGAUCAGAAGGAGAAGUAUGCAAAAGAAAAACGUCGGGAGUUGAAACGGAAAGAGAAGAUCGUCAAAUUGGAACGGAUUCUUCACGACAAGAAAACUGGCAAGGAGGUAUCCAUUACAGAUUCGUCUUCCGUCACAACUGUUUCGAGUUUGAUGAUCUCCGAUACGAUCAGUGACAGCAGUGCUGAGGAUACGACGACAAGCGCUCUGAAGUCUGUCACAGUUUCGCCGUCACUUCGAACGGAGAGUCCUGGAACAUUCCACCAUUGGAACAAGAAGAUCCGGGAUGCCAACUUGUCGUCUGCUUCAGAUUCCAGUUUCUGUCCUUGCAAAGAAAAUGUCAACCCAGUGACUGUGCACCAAACGGAGCAGCAUGGAAGGAAUCGGUCCAGAGAUACGCGUGGUAAGAAGGCUGUAUACUUAGAAUUUGCCAAACCAGAGAAACGGGAGCCGUGGAAAGUCCGACCCAGCAGGAGUCGUUCCUCAGAAAAUAGAAAGAAGGUGGAGAAGGAAAGAAAGACUCAAGAUGCACCGAGGAGGAAUAAAAAGGUCCAAAUCAAACCUCCUUCACCAAAACCAAAGCGAUCCACCAAAACACGAGAUCAGGCUAAGAGUUAUUCGGCGCCAAAGUUCCCUACUGCUGCGCAUCAACGUUUGGUUUCCAUGGCUACGCAGACGUCACCGAGACUGUUUGAGGGUUAUGCUGGCCUUGAGGAGAAGAGUGUUGAUGAGAAGGUCAAGAGGGCAGACAGUGAGCCAAAGGUGCCUCACUCCAGGAUCUACAGCCCAGAGAAGAUGUUUGAAGAGAGGAAGAAGCACAAGCCAUCACCGAAGGGAAGCGUAGGUGGAAUGGCCUGGUACGUGCCGAUCAAAGACCCCAAGCAGCCCUGGAGACUUCCCCUGAAGGAACGCCAGGCCCACCUCCUACGACAGGAGAGUGAGCCGUGGCAGGCCACCUACCCCGCUCCAGCAGAAGACAAGGAUCCAAUGGAGGGAGUCGAGGUUGCCCCGGACACAGAGUUCUGUCUUGGGAAGCCCGAGGACAAGGAGGAGAGCAAGAAGAGGAUGACAUUGCAGGAGGCGCUGUUAUUAUUCCGCCAAGAUUUCAUAUCGCAUUCUCGUGAGCGCGAACGGCGCAUCUAUCUUGCUGCACGGGAACGGAUGAUGCGCUACGCCCAUGACGAGCAGAGGGAAAAACUCUUCAAGCACACAAAAACAAAACAAGCCAAUUUGGACGCUCAUCCUCUGAGUGAUCUUUGGUUUCGACCUCAGAAAAGAGUGAUGUCAAAGAAAGAAAUGAGAGAGUUGACAGAAAAGAUCUACCAAAAAUUACCUGAGGUCACCGACAAAAUUGAAGUGAAGAAACGUGAAGCUGAAUACAAAACCAAUCGUCUACGGGCGGAGAUCUAUAAACGUAAGCAACUGGAGAAAGUGCUUGGCAGGUACUAGAUACAGGCUGACAGAUCAACAUCCAUGACUAUUGAUGCAUUUACAUUCCACAGCUUGAUACGGCGGCGUGAUCAAAGAUUCUGAUGAGAUUUAUGAGGAUGAGGAUACUACCCAUCAAGUUAAUCCCUUGGCUGGUAGAGCUGACUUUAUGACUUGUGACACAAUGAACCCAGCCUUAGGUGUUCAUGGCUGAGCUUGCAUAUAAUCCUAUGAAUUGUCCAUACUUAUGUUCAAAUACCCAUGACUUUCAUAUUUCUUGGUGCGUAAGAUUUUUAAUUUCUUCAUGAUUGGAUGACUCUGAAACGUUGUUGUUUUUCCUGUUGGUUAAAAACUAUGGUACAGUUACGUAAGCAGAUGUAUAUUAAUUUUAUGUUCCAGUUGACAAGUUAUAGAAUUUCACCAAUUUUAAAGAUGGCACUUAAUUUGCACCAUUUGAGGAUGAAUUGUAUUCACGGAUAUGAAGAUUAUUUGAGAUGUGAAGCGAGGACAGGUUGUGACAUAUUUGUGAUGAUGAUUUUUAGUAUGUCCCGAUGUUUUUUUAUUGUGGUUGACUGUUAGUUGAACGAAAUAAAUGCCAAAAGUUUGAUAAGACUGGUAAAAAACUGGAAACUUUACAGAGAAUGUUUCAGAUAGCAUUUACCUUCAUUCAACAGCUGUUAAGUAAUGGAUGAGGCUAUCUGAAAUGUUCUGUGGGUCUCCAGUGUUGGUCGAAUUGUGUCUCAUCAAAUCAACUUUAUCAAGUCUUCCUAGAUGUCCAAACUUCAUGAGUUACAUGUGCUUUACUGUUGUGAAGUUACAGAGUGGUGAGAUGUUUUUUAUAUGUAUUAUACAAUUUUGAUGAAAAGUUCCACACCAGCUUUGGCCGAAUUAUGGUUUCAAUACAUUGUGAUACGGCUAUAUAUGUUAUCAAAGUACAGCAGUUUAAACUUUAAAAUGUCAUUUCAUUGACCCACCGAUGUUGUAUUUGGCGAUUAACUUAAAACAUUUUAACGAUGCAUUUCAUGUGUUUCAUCUUGUCUGGUACUUAAAGGGAAAAUGCAAUCUGAGAUUGACUAUCGUUCCAGUUCUUAAAUUUCUGUCCUGCCAAAAUCGCAUUUAAAAGGACGAGUCAUGUGGGUGCCUGGGGUAUUUUGUGAAGAAGUAUUCAGCAUGGGAGCAUCUGGUCAUGACACACCCACCAGAGCGGUUCACAAAAUGAGUUUAUAGACUAGGAUUGUUUUGCAGAGUGACAAGUUCGUUAAUAAAACAUAGGAUAGGGCAGGCCUGAAGUAGAUUUUAUUGUUAGGGAAAGGGGGUUUAGAUGAAUAGUUUGCACAGUAAAGGCAGCUGUAAAACUCAAAUUUGGCAAGUUUAGUGAUGUUCGGUUAGUAUAUCAUUAGUUAUGAAUAGGACUGUAGAAAGCAGGAGUUUGCAAUCAUUGAAAAGAGUGUAACAAUGUUUACUCUGAUGUCUUUUAGAACGAUCAAACUUCCUGUUGACAUUCAGGAAACAAUCGAUGAACAAAGUCAUUGAGCAAAUCCUUUUUUACACCAGCUUUGCUCGACCCGCGAUGUGGUUUUCCCAUCCAGAUAUUUGCCGAGACAUUUAUUCAAAAGUUUGCGGCAAACAAAUCAGGCCCCUCGAUGAAAGCUGUGGCAUCCUGGCUGCACCAGGCUUUUGAACAGCUUGAGAUUGUACAUUUUUAGAUCUUUUAUAGUUAUUAGAUAACAGUAAUUUACGUGUAGUAAGGUUUUCAAUAUAUCACAUUAAUUAGGUAGCCCUGGCUGGACCAGACCAUUAUAGGAUACACAUAAUGCCUUGAGAUUCAGUUUAUUUAUAAUGUUGACAUUAUUACAGUGAUAGUUUACUGUUGGAGCAGGAUGACGAGCAAAGUUUUCAAAAGUGUGAAGGCAUAAGCAACCAAUUUGGACAAAACUUUAGUCGAGAGUAAAUUGACAUAUCUCGAAUCUGUGACUGUACAUAUAUCCAAUGUUCCUUGUGAGGUUGUGUAAGUUGUAACGCUCCUGCCAUCCUGCGCCACCAGACAUAGUCUGCGAUUUGUUCUGAGCGGACACGCCAGGCAUCGUCUUCUGUUGUAGGAUGACUGGACACUGCACAUGUGACGAUGCUCAAGUCUUCAUCUGCACCCACCGCCAGACGUGUAACUGACUGAUUAUAACAUACCAAUACACACAAGACUUCCACCUAAUAAUUCUUCCACGAAGCCAAGUAUUAUGUCCUCUGGCAUUUUUAUAGAGUGGUGUAUUUUUGAUCUAAUAAAUAAUGCUAUCAUGAGAAA